UCAGCGUCAGCAGUCUUAUAAAUAGUAGCGAUUGAGGCGCGAGCAGCGCAGUUUACCGCCACAAUCGGGUUGUGUUGUCGUCUGUCUGAGUGGUAUCGGUGUUGACAGGUGAAUUUUACGGACUUCCACAGAAGUGUCCAAGCCGUGGGAGGUUAACGUUCAACAUGCAGAUCUUUGUGAAGACCCUGACUGGCAAGACCAUCACCCUAGAGGUUGAGCCCAGUGACACUAUUGAGAAUGUCAAGGCUAAGAUCCAGGACAAAGAAGGCAUCCCACCUGACCAGCAGAGGCUGAUCUUUGCUGGCAAGCAGCUGGAAGAUGGCCGCACCCUGUCUGACUACAACAUCCAGAAGGAGUCCACCCUCCACCUUGUGCUGCGUCUGAGAGGUGGUAUGCAGAUCUUUGUGAAGACCCUGACUGGCAAGACCAUCACCCUAGAGGUUGAGCCCAGUGACACUAUUGAGAAUGUCAAGGCUAAGAUCCAGGACAAAGAAGGCAUCCCACCUGACCAGCAGAGGCUGAUCUUUGCUGGCAAGCAGCUGGAAGAUGGCCGCACCCUAUCUGACUACAACAUCCAGAAGGAGUCCACGCUCCACCUUGUGUUGCGUCUGAGGGGUGGCUGUUAGUUAUUGUGGACCUUGCUUUACAUGAUUGCCAAUAGCAUUUGUUUUUGCACUGUAGCUCUUUAAUGUCUUAAUAUUGUAAGUUAAAUACAAGUUGCAGUAACUGCUGAACAGUCUGUGAAUGCUAAUAAAGAUUUUUGUUGCACAUUA